GCCCGAGAGCGGAAGUAGCCGGGAGCCGGAAGUGCGAGCGCGCGUGCCGGGCGCUGUCCAGGAAGCCUGGGAAUGAGAAUGCCGUUGGAAGGGAAGAACAAACGGAAGAAAAAGGGAGGUGCGGAGGAAAGAGACGACCCAGACGGCGGCGUUCGCGGGAAUCUGACAGGAGACUAUGUGGUUGGACAAGUCGCCAGCAGCUUGUUCCAGGGCAAGCGGCCCUGCAGAGACACCACAGCUCGGCUGGCGUCCCUCUUCAGCUCUUUAGAGCCUCAGCCUCAACCCGUGUAUCUGCGUGUGCCGAAAGAGACCACCAAAAAAAGGAAACGGGAUGAGGAGGAAGAAAGUACAUUCCAAAUUCAGAGACCACUCUUGCAAGAACCUUCAAAAAAAGCGAAAGCGAAGAAGAAACUUUCUGAUGCAGACAAAAAGUUGGCAAACAGCCUUGAUACUGUGGAUGUUUUGUGCCAGAUUCCAGCAGAGGGAACUUUGUCCAAAAAGUUGGCAGCAAUAAAACGUAAAAUUCAUCCUGAUCAGAAAAAUAUUAAUGCUUAUGUUGUGUUUAAGGACGAGAGCGCUGCUACAAAAGCAUUGAAAAGAAAUGGUGCCCAAAUUGCAGAUGGAUUUCGUAUUAGAGUUGAUCUUGCAUCUGAGACUUCAUCUAGGGACAAGAGAUCAGUGUUUGUGGGGAAUCUCCCAUACAAAGUUGAAGAAUCUGUGGUUGAGGAGCAUUUUUUGGAUUGUGGGAGUAUUGUAGCAGUAAGGAUUGUGAGAGACCGAGCUACUGGAAUCGGCAGAGGGUUCGGCUAUGUGCUCUUUGAGAAUAAAGAUGCUGUUCAUCUUGCUCUGAAAUUAAAUAAUUCUGAACUGAUGGGAAGAAAACUCAGAGUCAUGCGUUCUGUUAAUAAAGAAAAAUUAAAACCAAGCUCAAAUCCCAGUUUGAAGAAUGUCGUUAAACCUAAGCAGGGACUUAAUUUUGCUUCAAAAAAUGUAGGACCUUCUAAAAGUUUGUUUAUUGGAGAAAAAGCUGUUACCAUUAAGAAGAAAAAGAAAGGACAAAAGAAAAUUGGACAAACUAAGAAACAGAAAAAACAGAAGUAACCACCCAAAGAUUAUUUUGUAAUGGUAAUAAAAAACUGGUAAUAAAAAUAUGGUAAACCCACGAA